CGGCGAAUCACAGCUGUUCACUCCGCGCUGGAGGACAGAGAGAGAGAGAGAGAGAGAGAGAGAGAGAGAGAGAGAGAGAGAGAGAGAGAGAGAGAGAAUGAUAGAGAGAGAUUGAGACCGGGAAAGAGCAGGCGCCUCCCGAGUUCCUUCGCUGGCUGCUUUCCCCUUCCUUCUUCCUUCUUCCUCUCCUUCCAGCUCUCGCCCCUUUGGCCCCCACUCGGCUUCAUUUCUCCAACCAAGGAAAGCGCCAAAGUUGCUCUUCCAAGGGAACAAAGCCAAGGACUUACAAACGGGGGCGAGAGGCGGGCUCGUCUUGUCGUCUUGGUGGCUGCAGAGAUCGCCUCCCUCCCGGGAAAAGGCUGAAGCCAGAAUCGCGCUCCUCGCAGGAUUUCUCUCCCUUUUGGCAAGAGAAGAGAAGACAAGGUGGGGCGGCGCGCGGCUGCUUUGGCUUGCACCCCGCUUUCUCUUUUGCCUCGAAGAGAAAAGAAGCGCCGCUUUGGGGGACCUGGGGGGGUCCCGGGACUGAGGAGCGGGAGGAGGAGAAAGUUUCUUCGGCGGGACGGGCCCGGGGAGGGUUGGAGGCUGGAGUGAGGCGGUGAAGCGGCGUCUCCCCCUUUCCUCCUCCUCCUCCUCCUCGCCGCCGGCCGGGAGCGAGGCGCCUCUCCUCCCCGCGGGCCCAGCGCGAUGGCUGGCGAGCUGAGUAUUGGCCCCGACUUGCCCACCAGCCCGCUGGCCAUGGAGUACGUCAACGACUUCGACCUGAUGAAGUUCGACGUGAAGAAGGAGCCGCUGGGCCGCGCGGACCGCUCGGGCCGGCCGUGCACGCGCCUCCCCCAGACGGCGGGCUCGGUCUCCUCCACGCCCAUCAGCACCCCCUGCAGCUCCGUGCCCUCCUCGCCCAGCUUCAGCCCCACCGAGCAGAAGACGCACCUGGAGGACCUCUACUGGAUGGCCAGCUCCUACCCGCAGAUGAACCCGGAGGCGCUCAACCUCACCCCCGAGGACGCCGUGGAGGCCCUCAUCGGCGCCCACCAGGUGCCCCAGCAGCUCCAGGGCUUCGAGAGCUUCCGCACCGCCGCCGCCCACCACCACCACCACCACCAACAGCCGCCGCCGCAGCCUCACCACAUCCACCACCACCACCAGUACCCCGGGGUCACCCACGAGGAGCUGGCCGCCAGCGGCCAUCACCACCACCACCACCACCAUCCCCACCACCACCAGGCCUCCCCCAGCCCCUCCAACGUCCCCAGCCCCUCCCAGCAGCUCCAGAACCCUCACCAGCACCAGUCCUCUUCCUCCUCCUCCUCUUCAUCUUCCUCCUCCUCCUCCAGCAGUGUGGAGGACCGGUUCUCCGACGACCAGCUGGUCUCCAUGUCGGUGCGGGAGCUGAACCGGCACCUGCGGGGCUUCACCAAGGACGAGGUGAUCCGCCUCAAGCAGAAGAGGCGGACCUUGAAGAACCGCGGCUACGCCCAGUCUUGCCGGUACAAGCGGGUCCAGCAGAAGCACCACCUGGAGAACGAGAAGACCCAGCUCAUCCAGCAGGUGGAACAGCUCAAGCAGGAGGUCGGCCGCCUGGCCCGCGAGAGGGACGCCUACAAGCUCAAGUGCGAGAAGCUGGCCGGCAACGGCUUCCGGGAGGCCGGCUCCACCAGCGACACCCCCUCCUCGCCCGAGUUCUUCAUGUGAGUCUCCCCAGCCCAGCCAGCCCAGCCUUCGCCCGCGCCUGCCCUUCUUCGCCCCCGUCCUCUGACGCCGCCCCCCGAGUCGGAAGAAGACCCUCCCGGGUGGCAGGCUUGGCCCUGGCCCAGGACUGCGGGGGGAUCUCCUCAGCAACUGGACCCGUGAAGGUCUGAGUGGGCACUUGGGGGAGGGGGAGAAAGACGGGGCAGGUGAGAGGUGGCUGGGGAAUGAAGGAAGGACUGGUUAGUAGGGAGAGAGAGAGGAACCCACCCCACCAAUGUUUUAUACCAAUCGAUUGCUUGCUUGUAGAACUUUUUAACCUGGACGUUGCCAAACAAAGGGAUGGGCACCGGGCAAGCCACCUAGAGAUGAUCCGCUUUGGAGUUCUUCUUUUGUGUUCCGAUAGAAGAAAAGAGAGGGGGGCAGAAAGGCAGAGGGAAACAGAGAGAGGACAGUAUGUUUUGCCUGCCUCCUGAAAGAGAGACAGAACCCACGCGGGACGUUUCCGUGCAAGAGGGAAAAAGUGGGGUGGGGAAGAGAACAAAAAGUGUUCUUGGUUUUAUUGCCUGCUUGAUUAUAUAGAAAAAAAAUACGAAAAAUCAGCAUUAAAAAUAUUAAUCCUGCAUGCUGGACAUGUAUGGUAACUUCUA